GCCGUCUCGCUUUGUCCUGUCGUCGCCCCGAAGCUGGAGAUCUCUCCUCCAGCUCGAUUGAUUCCUGCUUUAAGCGAUCCCUGGAGCCCGGAGAGAUCGGCGGGACAACUCCGCGGGACGGCACCGUUAGUAGCGUCGGUCGAGAAGAGAGAGAUUUGUGAGCGCUAACCGACGCGUGCCACUUGGUUCUGGCGGCGAGACCGGUGGCAGGCCAACCGGCAAGGCGAAAGAUCUGUUUACGACCUUGAAUUUUUGGAUAAAGACGACUGCUGUGGAACGAGAAGAACAACAACUUGGUUGCAGAGGGAUUCAACUACUCUUUCUUCUGAAGCAGAGGAUUGAAUUUUUGGACCUUUUCUGCAAGUGUUUGUUUCGGGAUGGAUUGGACCUUGAAGACACCUUUACAUUGGGACUGGGAAACCUUGACCCUGUUCAGCAAAAAGGAUGCUGAAAUUUCUAAAUCCGCACACCAGCCUGACUGGAAAUUUGCUGGUGGGCGUGGGAUUCACCAUGCGAAUGGAAAUGGGUCUGUAAAUUCGUCUGAUGCUGGUGCCUUCUCUGGUUCAGAAUUAGGUUAUGGUUCAUCUAGAAGCUCCAUCUCAGUAUCCGUUGGUUCUACAUCAAAGGACAUAAGCAGAACUCCACAGUUCAACUUUGACUCUGUGGAACAAUCUCCUGAGAACCUGAAGAAGAACAAAGAUUUAGCCAGGGUGGAAACUGGAAUUAUGCAUAGGGUAGUGGCCUCAGAUGGCCCUGAGAAACCUCUUAUUUGUCUGAAGCUUGGUAAGAGGACACACUUAAAAGAUGUUUCUGAAGGGAAUAACAAUAAGAACCCGUCUUCUUUGUCUUCUACGAAUUUAUCCACUGGUUUAAUUAAAAAACCAAAGGUGUCACAGCAGCACAUGCAGAACUCAUAUUGUCAAGUUGAAGGUUGCAAUGUUGACCUGACCUCAGCCAAAGAUUAUCAUAGGAAGCACAAAGUCUGCGAAAGCCAUUCAAAGUCUCCUGAGGUUAUUGUUUCUGGUCAGGAGCGCAGGUUCUGUCAACAGUGUAGCAGGUUUCAUGUUUUGUCCGAGUUUGAUCAAAAAAAGCGAAGCUGUCGAAGACGCUUAUCUGACCACAAUGCACGUCGACGCAAACCCCAUCCCGAGACAAUCCCAUUCACUUCUUCAAUGUUUCCUGCAUCAUAUUAUGGUGGUAGACAACAGACAAAUCUUAUUUUUGGUCAAGAUCCUUUUGGUCAAGUGAAAAACAUGGUUAGUUCCAAAUGGGAUGAUUCGGGUGGCUUCAAACUUAUUCCAACUAAAUUGUCUUGGGUAAAUUCUAGUGAACCAGGAAGUGUUGAUGCACAUUUGCAUUUACAAUACAAUGACAUAUCAAACAAAAUUUCCACCAGUGGCCAUGAUAUGGACAGGCUCUUGGCAUUUAGGGCCAUGACUGACAAGGCCCCCAACAAAGGUCUGGGAGCACCUGUUGAUGCUUCUUACUCGGAUGGAGCAUCGGAUCUUCGGCGUGCUCUCUCUCUUCUGUCAGCUGAAUCCUGGGUUCCAUCUAAUCCGGAACCUGUUUCUGAUUUCCAGUUUACGAAUGCAAGAACUCUCGCAUCUCAUUCUGCUACCUGUCCGACCAACACAACAACCGGAAUUCAGCAACAAGAUGAGCUGCCCCUGGCCAAACCGUACCCACUUAACCUGCAAAGCAACGGCAGCCAAUUCCCAGAGUUUCAACUGCACAAGACUACCUUCUGAGACCCAUUUUUUUGGCUCAACUCAUAUACACUAACAUGUCAUGUUAAUGGCCAUUUCAAGAAUAUGUUUCUUGAUUCUUGUAUUAGCUUUCUCUGAUGUGGGAAACCUCUUCCCCUCCUUGUGGUCUGUGUGACUCCAUUUUGUUUCGGUGGUACUGUUUGAUUUUUGAUCAGUCCUAUGUCCUGGAAAUCUUUAAAUGACUGUCUCCAUCCUCGUCGCUAAUGUCAUCAUCCGUUGGAGACUUGAUA